GUUUAAAGCUACAAUCUAGGUGUCACAGUCACCAUUAGCUUAUUCUCUUCAAUCCUGUCAAGGAUUAAUCCUUUAUCGGAUUAAUUGGAUUUGUAAUUAGAUACUCAAUUUAAAGGCUAACCGCAUAUAAACAUACUUGCCAGUUUGAAACAGACUAUCGCUUAUAUCAGGUGUUAAGAUCAGUUAAAUUCAGAAUUUUAUAUUGCUGCGACCUUAUUUGUUGUGGAAGAAGAAUGGAAGUCUUAAAGGAAAACCCUUUGCUGGAUUUCCACCCUGAUACUCUGGAGGCGGUCAGAAAAUUAUAUAACUUGGACAAGCCAGGAGUCAUGCGAGAGGCUAUCGACAUUUUAGAUUCUUGGAUUAAACAACAGAACCAUUUCACUAAAAAGGAUUUUAAUCGUGAUUAUUUAGAGAGAUACAUCAUAAGAUCUAAAGGUUCAGUUGAACGUGCAAAAGACCAUCUCGAUAAAAUGUGCGCAUCAAGAACACUUGUCCCGCAUUUCUUCUCGGAUUGUGACGUUAACUCUCCAUAUCUUGCCAACAUAGAAGACAUAUUUCUACCAAAAUUAACGAAGGACUACUAUCGAGUCUAUUUUGUACAAAACUGUGAACGAGAGUUCACGCAUGAACUUUUCAAUGCACUUUACAAGCGAAUUGUUUAUAAAAUGGAAUAUAUUUGCAUGCAUGAUUAUGCUUGUGGUAUAAUUAUUGUUGCUGAUUUACGUAAAGCAAAUCUGUUCGAGCUAGUGAAACAUAUGAACAUAACUGAUUUGGCGCACUGGUUGAAUCUCCUAUUGGGUGGCUUUGGGUUUAGGCUAAAAGGGUUUUAUUUCAUAACAACAUCAAAAUUCGUGGAUUCAUUACUGACAAUUAUGAAAAGCAUUGCAAGUAAGAAAAUCGGCGACCGUAUUCAAGUGCUGAAGAAUAUAGAAGAAUUGCACGAUCAUGUGGACAAAGAUAUAUUACCAGAGGAAUAUGGUGGUACUGAAGUAUCCAGAAAGGCACUGCACGAAAAAUGGCAAAAUAUAAUAGGCUCGGAGGAGUAUAAACUUGACAUGGAUAAAAUAAAUGAAGCCAAAACAAAUGAGGAACUCAGAUUAAAAGACAGUCAGAAUUAUCAGAUGGGUCUUCCUGGCACAUUCAGAUCUUUAAAAGUGGAUUAAAUUUUAUGAUUAAGGAUGUUAUUGUUAUUGGUAUGAUUAUGACUAUUAAAAAUGGUGUCGGUUUCAAU